UCAAUCGAUCCUUUGGUUAUGGCUUAUGUCAUACAGGAUGUGUUGGAUACCUUUACACCAACCGUUCCACUCAGAAUAACAUACAAGAACAGGCUCCUUCUGUCAGGUGCUGAGCUAAAGCCAUCUGCGGUUGCAAGUAAACCACGAGUUGAUAUUGGUGGCAAUGACAUGAGGACUUUCUACACCCUGGUACUGAUUGACCCGGAUGCCCCAAAUCCAAGCCAUCCCUCACUAAGGGAGUACUUGCACUGGAUGGUGACAGAUAUUCCUGAAACAACUAACGUCGGCUUUGGCCAAGAGCUAGUAUUUUAUGAGAGCCCAGAGCCAAGAUCUGGUAUCCACAGGAUGGUGUUUGUGCUGUUCCGGCAACUUGGAAGGGGCACAGUUUUUGCACCAGAAAUGCGCCACAACUUCAACUGCAGAAGCUUUGCACGGCAAUAUCACCUCAAUAUUGCCACCGCUACAUACUUCAACUGUCAAAGGGAAGCUGGGUCUGGUGGAAGAAGGUUUAGGGAUGAGUAGAGACCAUACACCACUGUAUGGUCACAAUAAAGAAAUAUCAUCAAUAAUGUGCCCUAUAUUGAACGGAAAAUGUACCACCUCUAUAGGCUGCAUGGUAUGUAUCGUACACUAUGAUUGUAUUGACUCAAAGGGUUGAGAGCUUAGUCUCUUUAUGGAA